CGAAUUGAUUGCACCUUCACUUUCCUUCACCGCAUUUUCGUGACUCUCUUGAAUCCUUGGAUUGGUAAGUCCUUAGAGCCAGGCAGCCUCUGCACCUUCAGAACUGCCCAUUCUCACUCUUGACACUUCAAAUCUGCGAACUGGGAAGAAUUUGACCAUAAAAAUGGCCGCAUCAGUUCAGUUCUCGUCGGCGCGGCCAGCGGCUGCUCGCCUGGACUCCACCGCCGCUGCAUCCGAGUCGUCGGCUGUUGCGCUGAGGACGAGCCUCGCCCCCUCCGCGCAACGGUCUCUCGCAUGCAGACGCUCCGAGGUCGCGGGUCGUUCCCUGGCUCUCGCCGGUGCCUCUGCUGCUGCUGUCCCAGCGUCUCUGUCGUACCGCCGGCUCGGCGUGUUCGCGGCGAAGAGGGUUCAAUCAGACCGGUCGCUCGUGCUCAGCUCGACGCUGGAGGUCACCCCAGGCAAGGAGAAGGAGGCGCAGGAGCUGUGCAAGAAGAUUUGCGUAUGGGCCGAGGAGAAGAAGAAGGACCGUGCCAACGGAAUCAUCCACUUCGAGUGCACGGGCGAUGCGUACGAGAGCAACCUGAUCCACUUCUGGGAGCGGUUCGACUCGUUCCUCUCGAUGAACAACAUCCACGCCUCACCCGACUACACCAAGUUCCUUGAAGAGGUGCGGCCGCUGCUAGAGGCCCCGGUGAAGCUGGCGGCGUACGAGUACAAGGACGGGCAGAUCGGCCACAUGCUCAACCCCAUCGGCCCAAAGGGAGAGGGAGGCCUGGACGACGCGACAGGGCAGGGAGGCAGCGGUGGCGGUGCCAGCUACAAGCAGACGUCGCAGUCAGUGUCGCAGGGUAUUGGCGAGCGAGACGGGUGGGGUAUGGCGAACGCGAUUAAGAUCUCUGGGCAGCGCAAGGAGGCGAGCGAUGAGAAGGAGGCAGUGCGCGCUGAGAAUGCCCUCGAGGCCAUUGCCAAGAGCCUCAAGAACCUCUUUGGCCAAAAGUAAACAGCUUGUUGCUCUCCCUUUUGACACAGGUGGCCCUGCAUUGCUUGGAUACUGUAAUUUCAUCAUUUUCCCUAAGGGUAUUUUUUCUGUAAUUUCAACAUGAUGUCAUGGCUAUUGCACUGGAGGAUAAGCUGCUGGUGAUGCUGGAUUCUCUGCUGUGCACCGAUGGACCAGUUAGCAGGAUACAAACUGCAUGGUCUUCAAACUUGCAUUUGUCUA